GCAAGCUAGAGCUUGUUUGUUGUGUUGAUUAAACUUAGUCCGUCAAAGUUGGAUUGCAGUCAAUCCCAGAGCUCAAGAUGAGUAAACAGACAAAGUUUUCCAGCUUCGUCAAAGGUCGUUCACCAUCAAGUAAAAAGAAUGACAAAGUAAAUGUAUUUGUCGACCACCUACAAAAUACAAGGGAUUGCAAAGAAAAAAUCUGUGGACAAACAGGAAUUAUUUAUGAUGAACGAAUGGUGGAGCACCAAUGUCUUUGGGACCCAAAUUACCCUGAAUGUCCAGAGAGAUUUACUCGAGUUCUGGAAAGAUGUCGUGAAUAUGGAUUGGUGCAGCGUUGUGUAGAAAUUCAACCAAGAAAAGCUACCCAAGAGGAACUUCUGAAACUUCAUACCCCAGACAGAAUUGAAUUGCUUAAAGGCACAGAUGGUAGCCCAGAUGCAGAAGCAUUGGAAGCUAUAAGCUCUGGUUAUGAUGCCAUUUAUAUUCAUCCGUCAACUAAUGAACUAGCAUUGUUGGCAGCUGGAUCAACCGUUGAAAUUGUCGAUGCUAUACUUGAUGGAAAGGUUCAAAAUGGAAUGGCAAUAGUCAGACCUCCAGGGCACCAUGCCAUGAAAAGUGAAUACUGUGGCUAUUGUUUUUUCAACAAUGUGGCAGUUGCAGCCCAGCAUGCAUUAGACAACAAAGGUGUUAAUAGAAUUCUGAUUGUUGAUUGGGAUGUCCAUCAUGGGCAGGCAACUCAACAGAUGUUCUACGAUGACCCCAGAGUCCUGUACUUUUCGGUUCAUCGUUAUGAGCACGGUGCCUUUUGGCCCAAUCUUCGUGAAAGCGAUUUUCACUACAUUGGCAAAGGAGCUGGGAAAGGCUUCAACGUGAACGUGCCGCUGAAUAAAACGAAAAUGGGAAAUGCAGAUUAUCUUGCUAUAUGGCAUCAACUGUUGUUGCCACUGGCUUACGAAUUUCAACCAGAGUUGGUUAUAGUGUCAGCCGGCUACGACGCCGCCUUGGGUUGUUUUGAGGGAGAAAUGGAAAUCACCCCUGCAUGCUAUUCCUAUUUGACGUCGUCCCUGAUGGGAUUGGCGCAGGGAAAGCUCGCUGUAGUUCUUGAGGGAGGAUACUGUUUAAAAUCUUUGGCUGAGGGAGCUGCUCUGACUUUACGAACUCUGCUUGGCGAUCCUUGUCCAAGCAUCUCGAAAAUCGAUGAGCCUUCACUUAGCAUUCAGGAGAGUAUCCUGAGUGCCAUUUAUGUACUUCGCCCAUUCUGGAAAUGUCUACAGUUCCAGGGCCGUUUUGAUGUUUCAAAAGUGGGCAGCAAAAAGGAAGGAACGUACUUUGUACCCACCGUUACGUUCGAGGGAAGUGACGUCAAACCGACAACUUUUGCAACUCGAAAUUGUUAUCCAGUUCAAAAUCGCGAGACGAUUGACCUUCUGGAUCAAAGACUCGACAAGCUCAUCAAAGAAACGAGCCUGGCAGUGCCGAAACAUCGGUUGUGUUUCGUUUACGAUGAGAGAAUGGCUUCACAUCGUAAUGUCAACGAACCGGGUCACCCAGAACGACCUGCCCGAAUAACUUCCAUUUACCAGAAGCUACUAGAAUACGGAGUGCUGGAUCGUUGUCAUCGGUUGGAUGCUCGAGAUGCCACUCGAGAAGAAUUACUGUGGUUACACAAAGCCGAUUACAUUGACGAGAUCGCAGUGACGGCCGGUAAGAAACAAUCAACACUCAACCAGUUGGAACGACAGUACGGAUCCAUUUUCAUUUGCCCGGAUACUUACAGUGCUGCUUUGCUUUCUGCUGGUUCAUCACUUCAAAUCGUUGAAAGCAUCUUGAGCGGCGAAAGCCGAAGUGGUAUCGGAGUUAUCCGACCACCAGGGCAUCACGCGGAAUGCGAUGAAGCUUACGGCUUCUGUAUUUUCAAUAAUACAGCAUUGGCGGCCAAAUAUGCUAUCGAAAUACAUCAUCUGGAAAGGAUUCUAAUUAUCGAUUGGGACGUGCAUCACGGUAAUGGAAUCCAGCGAAUGUUUGAAGAUGAUCCUCGAGUCCUGUAUGUUUCGCUGCAUCGGCUUGACAUUUUUCCAUUAAAACCAGAAGAAUCCGAUUGUAACGUUAUUGGAACAGGUGCCGGAGCUGGUUAUACCGUCAACAUAGCGUGGCCUAAGAGAGGGAUGGGUGACACAGAGUAUCUUGCAGCAUUUCAGCAAAUUAUUAUGCCAAUAGCAUAUCAGUAUGAUCCACAGCUAGUUCUCGUUGCAGCUGGAUUUGAUGCUGCUCAAGGCGAUCCAUUGGGAGGUUGCAAGAUUACUCCGGAAGGAUAUGGACAAAUGACAACUAUGCUCAGUUCCCUUGCUCAAGGACGUGUAGCCAUACUGUUAGAGGGUGGCUAUAACUUGGAUUCGAUUUCGCAUUCAAUGACCAUGUGUGCCAAAUCGUUAUUAGGAGAUCCAUUACCUACGCCACGCUUUGAACCCCUCAAUCCGGCAGCUGUGAGCACCAUUCAAAGAGUAGUCAGCCAUCAGAAACCUUACUGGAGUAGCCUCUGUUUCCAUGUCGAUUUACCCGAAGGCGAUGUUCUUCCACCUUGCCAAGUGAAUAAGAAACUGCUGAGCAUUGAAGAACAACUGGAACAACUUCAGCUCGUGUCAUCUUCAGCUCCCAAUGAGCAACUAGAAACUAUCACUGAAGGAUGUGUAUUAUUAAUGGAAGCUUCUGGUGUGACUGAAGCCCCUCCUCCAAAGACCCUGCAAGAAUUCUUACUAUUACCAGAAAACAUCGAGGCUAUGACGCAGGGCAAAUUGUACUCUGUCGUUCCAUUAUCUUGGUGUCCCCAUUUAGAAGAGCACGUUCGUCCCGAUGAUGAUACCAUUCAUUGGGGUCUUGAAACCCCAUGCUCAAGUUGCCAAGAUUGUUCGGAGAACUGGGUCUGCUUAUCUUGUUAUCAGGUUAACUGCGGGCGGUUCGUCGCUGGUCACAUGAAGGAACAUCACAACAGCAGUGGUCAUUCCUUGGUACUCAGUUUUUCCGACUUGUCCGUUUGGUGUUACGAAUGCGAUUCCUACGUCGAUAACAAAGCCGUCUAUUCAGUCAAGAAUAGACUUCACUUGGAGAAAUUUGGGGAACCUUUGCCAUCCGCAAUGUUUGGUUAAAUGACCAUAGAUGUAGGUGUGUGGCUUUUAACUGACGCCUCCGCUUAGCAACACGAGAUCCUCAAGUUGAACUAAUGCAUUUUUAUAGCAAAUUUAAAAGAACGUCAAUCAUGAAAAUAAUUGUUUUUGAAAAACGCUUUUUGACCAGGAAGAUAAUUAAAUGAACCCCAGAAAAUGUAAGCUGUUUAAACCAUACCCUGAAGAUGUUUAGUUCUCCCAGAAUAAUCAAGAAUUGAAUCAAGACAAACUCAGAAUAUCAAA